AUGACGAAAGUGAAGAAGCCCCGAGGCAUUCGUCAUGAUCGCGACUGCAACCGCUGCAAAGGCCGGAGCAUCAAAUGCGACCUCAACCGUCCCCGAUGUCAAUCCUGUCUCCAACGCGGAGAGACCUGCAUGUACCCACAAAGAGUUGUAUGGGUUGACGACAAGACUUCCAAGUCUUCAAAGUCACCAGAACCAAAGAAUGCUUCUCCAAGCACAACUAACGACGAAGGAGCAACCGCUGAGCCCAACCCGAAACCAACCUCAGUCAACCUAUAUGGCUUCAUCGAUCUCCUGGGCGCCUUCUACCAGAAACUUCGCACCAGCAGUGGAUACAUACCUGAAGAAGGAGUCCAGCUGAUCUCACGCACUCUGAACUUUGCACGCUCGCGCAUCGAAGACGCAGACAACAAACAAUCUAUCCAGUCGCAUCUCGUCGCGCUCACGAAUCUCAGCCAAGUCAUCGAGUCCGCGCACCCGAUUGCACUAUUUGGAAUAGCCACUUUCGCCAUGUUUGAGGUGUGUUGCGGAUCAUUCGGCAACUGGCAUUGCCAUCUACAAGGUGCGCGCUCGCUAUUGGAUCUUCACUGUCAAGAUAAGCGUGCGUUCGAUGAUCUCUGUUGCGAGAUCUCUGGACUAGCAGAGGUUCUUGCCUACCUUGUUUGGUUUGAUGUGACGGGGGCUCUUGUCCGAGACAGUCCGUUGAUCUUUGAUGAUUGGCAUCGCGAGAUACUUAAUGCCGAGUUCUUCGGUUCUGUGGGAUGUCCAGCUGACACAUUUGAGCUUUUUGUAUACCUUGCGAAACAUCGCGAUGGCUGCGAUAUCGGUGUCAUUGAUUUAAGUUCCCGGGCUAUGGCUCAGGUUUUACAUCUUGAUGCUGGCUCGAGCGACUGCAGUCUCGCUGCUACAGUGUACAGAGGUGCUGGGGCUAUCCUGGCAUUUGGACGGGCGGGUGGACUCAACGAAUUGGUCCCUCAAUCAUCGAGCUAUCAUCGUGGUGUAUUAUGUUCAAUGGUGGAUCGGGUCUGUGAUGUGAUAGCGAAGAUACCGUCCACAUCUAGGUUCUACGUGCACCUGGCUACCCCCGCAUAUUUGACAGCCAUGUAUGGAUCGACAGCGAACCAAUACGAGAUUAUCCGAAGAUACUGGCGAAACUGCCAGUCAUGUGAGUUUCCUCGUUAUCCCGAUGCAGAGGUACAGUGCGAGGAGAUUUGGAGAACAUCGAGAGGGGUUCAUUAG